AUGUCGAAAGCUGCAACGACUCAAGUGGCAUUCCAGGACCGAGAAAAGCCUCAGGAAGUUCGCUUGUCGAACAUUACUGCUGCGCGCUCCGUUGCGGAUGCUAUUCGUACGAGUUUAGGACCUAGAGGAAUGGAUAAAAUGAUUCAGACGGGAAAAGGAGAGGUUGUGUUAACGAACGAUGGUGCUACCAUUUUGAAGCAUUUGUCAGUGCUUCAUCCCGCUGCUAAGAUGCUCGUUGACUUGAGUGCAGCUCAAGAUGUAGAGGCAGGAGAUGGUACUACAAGUGUUGUAGUUUUAGCAGGAUCUAUGCUUGGUUGUGCAGAAAAGCUUUUAAAGAAGGGUAUUCAUCCUACUGUGAUUGCUGAAUCUUUCCAGCGUGCCGCUGAAGUUACUGUUGACUGUAUGACAAAGAACUCUCUUAAUAUUGAAUUAUCAGACAGAGAAUCACUUUUACGCGCUGCUACCACGUCUCUGAACUCUAAGAUUGUCUCUCAAUACAGUUCUUUGCUCGCUCCUAUUGCUGUGGAUGCUGUCUUGAAGGUGAUUGAUCCCCGCGUCGCUACCAAUGUCGAUUUGAAGGACAUUCGUAUUGUUAAGAAGCUUGGUGGUAUCAUUGAUGACACCGAGUUGAUUCCUGGCCUUGCAUUGACACAGACUGCUGUGAAAACGGCUGGUGGACCGUCCCGGAUGGAAAAGGCAAACAUCGCUCUCGUCCAGUUUCAGCUUUCCCCUCCCAAGCCCGAUAUGGAAAAUCAGAUUGUUGUAAAUGAUUAUCGUCAAAUGGAUAAGAUUCUGAAAGAAGAACGUCAAUACUUACUCAACAUGUGCAAGAAAAUUAAAAAGUCUGGUGCUAAUGUCAUUCUCAUUCAGAAAUCAAUUCUUCGUGAUGCUGUCAAUGAUCUUGCUCUUCAUUUCUUGGCCAAGCUCAAGAUUAUGGUUAUUAAGGAGAUCGAGCGUGAUGAAGUAGAGUUCAUCUGCAAAUCCACGGGUUGCAAACCUAUUGCCGAUAUUGAGUCCUUCAAUGAAGAUAAGUUAGGCCAUGCUGAUUUAGUAGAAGAAGCUUCUUCAUCGGGUGAAAAAAUUGUCAAAUUUAUGGGCGUUAAGAACGCCGGUAAGACCGUUUCAGUUCUUUGCAGAGGUGCAAAUCUUCUUACUUUAGAAGAAGCCGAGCGUUCUCUUCAUGAUGCAUUAUGCGUUAUUCGUUGUCUUGUUAAACAAAGAGCUUUGAUUCCAGGUGGUGGCUCCCCAGAAAUUGAGGCUGCUCAGCACCUAUUAGAUGUGGCUCGUACAUUGGAAGGUCGAGAGGCUCUUUGCUUCCGUGCAUUUUCUGAAGCUUUAGAAAUCAUUCCUGUUACCCUCGCCGAAAAUGCUGGUUUAAGCGCUAUUCAAGUCGUCACAGAACUUCGCAGUCGUCACGCAAAUGGUGAGAAAACUGCUGGUAUUAAUGUCCGUAAGGGAAUUGUUACAGACAUUUUAGAGGAGAAGGUCUUACAGCCCGUCCUUGUUAAUAUUAGCUCUAUUCAGCUGGCUGCUGAGACGACAAAGAUGAUUAUGAAGAUUGAUGAUAUAACAUUGGCUCGUUAG